AUGGAACACUAUUUUCUUUUGGAAAAGCCAGGUCGAGGCCGACAAGACAGUAUGUUCGCUGGAAAGAAUGCCAUUAUAACGGUUGGAUCGGAGAAAGGGCGAAGACGGCAGAGUCAGUUCCAGAUCGAGAGAGCACUUCAUCGAUUUUACGGAGAUCCCGGGGUUUUAUCCAGAAAUCCCACUGUAAAUCGUCUUCUUUUGCGUCUUUAUUGGUCGAUCCGCUCACUACAAUUUCACUGUCUCUACAAAGACGAAGUGACGGAGCUGGCCGGAGAGGAUCUUUCGGAUAUGCGAUGGGAAGUCGGUGUCCAUCCAUUAUCACUUGAUGUUCUCACACAAACCACAGGAUUCGAUCGUCGAUGGAUUAAGUACAUGUAUGGACGAUUCAAAAACGAAUGCCCAACAGGACGAAUGAAAGAAUCAGAAUUCAAGAAGAUCUUUUCGUGUAUUGUUGCCCCAGAAAAAGCUUCAGAUCAAUAUUUGGGAAGACUCUUUAAAGCCUUUUCAAGCGGUACCGAUGACAACAACAUGAUUACUUUUAAUAGUCUCCUAAAAUCUCUCUCAUUUCUUUCACCACAAACAUCACAAGUAAACGCUGAAUGGACAAUUCGAAUUAUAACUGGAGAUGCUGAUAAGCAAUUCUUUAAUUUUGCGGAAUUUCAUCAAUUUACGCAAACAAUUUUUGCUUUACAAGAAGGUAAAAUUCAAGUGAUUGAUGGAAGAGGUGAUCGAGAAACUGUUGAACAAAGAGCAAGAGCUGUAUUUAAGGAACUCGACACAGAUCAUGAUGGAAUAGUUCGAGCCGAGGAUAUGCAACAAUUUUUCGAGACAAUCGACUUCUUUUCUGCACCACAAAAUGAGGUAUAUCAUCGAAUGAACUCAUUG